AUGAGGAAGAGCUCCUCCCCUUCCUUGAGUAACUGCAACUCCGUACUUGCUAACAAAAUAUUUGGAAUUCCACUUGAUGAGCUGCAGCAGGGAGGACAUCCAGACAAUGAGGUUCCGUUCAUAGUUCGCCACGUUGUGGACUAUAUUGAGGAACAUGGAGGUCUGGAGCAAGAAGGACUUUUUCAAGUCAAUGGAAAUGCUGAGACGGUGGAGUGGCUUAGGCAGAGAUAUGACAAUGGAGAAGAUGUGGAUUUGGUUAAGGAAGCAGAUGUUCCCUCAGCUAUUAGUCUUCUUAGGUUUUUCCUUCAAGAACUUCCAGAACCUGUCAUCCCUGGUAGCUUGCAUAUUCACUUGAUGCAACUUUCUCAAGAUUAUAAUAAUGAAGAUGAAUUUGGAAGAAAGUUGAGGUUCCUCUUGCAACAGCUUCCACCUGUUAAUUACAGUUUGUUGAAGUUUCUGUGUAGAUUUUUAGCCAACGUAGCAUCACAUCAUGAAGAAAUUUGGUCUGCAAAUUCUUUGGCUGCCGUCUUCGGUCCAGAUGUCUUCCACAUUUAUACCGAUGUGGAAGAUUUGAAAGAGCAAGAAAUAGUCAGCAGAAUUAUGGCUGGACUUCUGGAAAACUACUAUGAGUUCUUUGAGAAUGAAGAGGAAGAUUUUUCAUCUACUAAUGACUUGAGUUCACUAACUGAACAGAUCAAUGAACUCUCUGAGGAAGAGGAAGAAGAUGAAAAACUAGAGCAGUCAGAAGAACUUCCCGAAGAUUGUGCAGAGAAAUCUAAAGAAAUGCCAGAGGUGGUACACUUGAGGAUGACUGAGAACAUCCUGGAAUCUAAUAGUGUUAAAGCAUCAACAAGUGCUCAUAUAUCUCCCAUCAACAUCUUGCCGGCCUCUGCAGACAUUUUAGAAAGAACAAUUAGAGCAGCUGUGGAACAGCACCUUUUUGAUCUGCAGAGCAGCAUAGAUCAUGAUCUAAAGAAUUUACAACAGCAUGGUGUGGGACAUAAUAAUGAAGCAAAAAAUAAAAAUUGUGAUGGAGAAGGAUCUAAUAACCAGGAUACUAUUGCUGGUGAUAUUAAUGCUAGUGAGAGUAACGAAGAUUGCUCUGAAACAUUGACUAGCACAAAUUUAGAGAAUGAAGCAAUUCAGCCUGAUUUUGCUUUUGAGAAUGAAGAAAAUGACCAGUCUGUAGAUAUACUGUUAGAGCCAUGCAUUGAACAUAGUGAUGAUGAAGAUGAAGAUGUUCAAAGGAAUGAAUGUGUGCCAUUUAAUGACAGUGGUAAAUCUUCACAGUUGACUCUGGAUUCUAAUAGCAAGAUAUGUGAUUUGAAUGCCAACACUGAAUCGGAAGUGCCAGGAAGUGAAAGUGGUGGUGGUGUUCAUGGAGAUGCAGCAUGUUUGCAUAUCCCUCAUUUAGAGCUGAAGAGUAUUUCUGAUGGUGAUAAGUGGGAAGCGUCAUGCCCUAUCACUUUCCCCCUCAUUGAUUUCAAAACAAUGCAUCUGCAGAGAGAUGGGGAGGAGCCAUUUCCUGCUUUUAAGUCUUGGCAGGAGGAUUCUGAAUCUGGAGAAGCUCAACUUUCCCCACAAGCUGGGAGAAUGACUCAUCAUCCCCUUGAAGAAGACUGUCCACCUGUGUUGUCACAUCGUAGUUUAGAUUUUGGACAAAGCCAGCGGUUCUUGCAUGAUCCAGAAACUUUGGAUUCUUCAUCUAAAGCACUUUCUUUUGCCAGGACUCGAAGAGCAUCCUUUAGUUCAAAAGAUGACAAAAGGGAAGAUAAAACACCUUAUCAGUUGGUCAAGAAACUACAGAAGAAAAUUAAACAAUUUGAAGAGCAAUUUGAAAAAGAAAAAAACAGUAAGCCCUCCUACAGUGAUAUUGCAGCCAAUCCCAAGGUUUUAAAGUGGAUGACAGAGCUUACUAAACUAAGGAAGCAAAUAAAAGAUGCAAAGCACAAGAGCUCUGAUGGGGAAUUUGUACCUCAAACACGUCCACGUAGUAACACUCUUCCAAAAAGCUUUGGCUCUUCUCUAGACCAUGAAGUUGAAGAGAAUGAAGAUGAAUCCAGGGUCAUACAGAAGGAGAAAAAACCAACUAAAGAGGCAACACUUGAACUUAUUCUGAAAAGACUAAAAGAGAAGCGUGUGGAAAGAAGUCUUCCAGAAGACAUUAAAAAAAUGACAAAAGAUCAUUUGGCCGAAGAGAAAACUUCUCUCCAGAAAAGUCUUCUGUACUAUGAAAGUCAGCAUGGAAGACCGGUCACCAGAGAAGAGAGACAUAUUGUUAAACCUCUCUAUGAUAGAUACCGGCUUGUGAAGCAGAUGCUGACGAGGGCAAGCAUCACUCCCAUUCUGGGAUCUCCAUCGACUAAGCGACGAGGUCAGAUGUUACAGCCUAUCAUAGAAGGAGAAACGGCCCAUUUUUUUGAAGAAAUUAAGGAAGAAGAAGAAGAUGGUGUUAGUUUGUCUUCUGAAUUAAAUGAUAUCUUGAAAACUGCUACACAAACACAGACCUUUUCAAGUUCAUUGGAAAAUUCAGAAUCUGAUGUUGAAGAAAGUCAAGAAAAACUGGCUCUGGACCUCCGUCUGUCAAGUACUCGAGCAGCUUCUAUGCCUGAAUUACUAGAGCAACUUUGGAAAGCCAGAGCUGAAAAAAAGAAGCUACGCAAAACAUUACGGGAAUUUGAAGAAGCAUUUUAUCAACAAAAUGGAAGGAAUGCUCAGAAAGAGGAUCGGACUCCAAUGCUUGAGGAGUACAGGGAGUAUAAGAAAAUUAAAGCCAAACUUAGGCUCCUUGAAGUUCUUAUCAGCAAACAAGAUUCUUCAAAAUCCAUAUAAAAAUGCUCCUUCAAAACAUCAUAAAAACCAGUUGUAUUCCCUGAAGCUACCAUCGUGUGUACUGGCUGAUGCUUGAGUUCAUUUUUUUGUCAUGUGCUAUUCAAAGAAUCUCAUGUGAACUUUAUUGUGGUGCCACUACAAAAAUAUGAUCGAAGGGCAAGUAGGCCCCUUUUAGGGAGCGAAUAAAAUGUUCCAAAUUAAUGGGAAACUAUUCUCUCUACCUUUAGCAAACAUGCAGUUUCCUUCAGUGUUUUGUAUUACAGAUACAUCCUCUUCCCAAAAGACUAUAGAAUUUUAUCUUUUCAACUUUAAAGAACUUCGGAAAUUUACAAGCUUUUUGUUAUUCCCAACUUCUUUUUGCAUUACUGAAGAAAAAUAAGAUGUAGAUCUUCACACCACACUGAACUACUCUAGUUGCCUUUUUCUUACAGAAAAAUUGAGAGAAAAACAUAAAAAAUGCAUACAUAUGCAACUGUAUUCUGUGUUUUCCUGGAAAACCAAAACCAAACUGAAAUUCCUUUCUGAGUCCUGCUGUGGAACAGCUUUCUGUUUAAAUCUCACAAAGACAUGUGUCACAAAGGUAGUAUGCUAUCAAUCUAUGGAUUUUUUUUUUUAAACCCCAAGUCAGUGGUCACAGCUCCUGGACGAAGAAAGCAAUGGACAGACCAGAAAGUGACCUUCCUUAAUGUAAUUUAAAAAACACAGAAAACAACUUGGAAAACUGAUUCAUUAUCACACGCUGCCUACAGGACUUGAGUUACUGUUCAUUUUCUUGGUUAUUGUUUAACAACUGGUGGUGACAUGAUUUGCCUUCCCCAACUGAUAAUAAGAGAACCUUCUUACCCAUUUCAGCAUGUGGGAAAUCUGAUGGUGCUUAGAUUUGUAUAGUGCCAGCAGAUCCAAACUGGCCUAAAUCAGUAACAAGGAUUGUUAUAGCUGAAGGAAAUCUGUUUUUAACAAGGGCUAAUACUACUGCAUUUUACAUGCACCUUAGGGUGGAUUUGUGGGUUGUGGAAGUCUUAAAAAUUACAAUAAAAUCUAUAGUAAGCCAACAUCCCUCUCUUCCUCCCCACUCCUCCCUAAUACUACCUUCUGUUAUCACAUUGUUAUAUGUGUGAUGCAGCUGGGAAACAGAAAGCAGUAGUGUUACCCUUGUAAUGUAAGCCGAUCUUUAUUUUUUGUCUGUGCAUGGUUCAGCUUUAAAAAAAAUGUCCUCUCGAUGUCAUUCUGGUGAUCAUUUUCACUAUGUUGGAUGAUUAUUUGCUUGUUUGUGCUAUACAAUAAUAGCAGUCAUUAAAAAGAUUCAGGUCAGGCAAAA